GGACAUUCGAAUAGGCUUUAUUCAGACUUGUCAUCCUUAUAAAUAGCUCCCAUUUGCAUGAAUGGAAACCCACACAAUCAAGUAUCGCAUCCUCUCUCACCUUGCAAAAAGGAUAUCCUCCCCCUGCCUUUUCAACCUUUUCCAGCCCAAAAAAACGUUCACCAAAUUUGCACAAGCCUCAAAAAUGCAGCAACAGAAUAAUAUCGACAUCGUAAGAUUGGCAACAAUAUCACAAGCCACAAAAAUGCAGCAACAAAGUAAUAUUGACAUCGGAAGAUUCGGAACUAUACCAUUCUCAACGUCUAAUAACAGUGCUUUGAUGAAGCAAAUCCUAUCGACCCAUUCCCCCCAUGGCCUUGAGGUUGAUGUCAGACCUAUUCUCCCUGUCAUCAAGGAUGUCCUGCAGCAAGCAAAUCUAAGCAUGGACAGUGUCAUUACUAGCGGUGCGGGCGACCAAGCCGAUGCCUUAGUGGAGAAGACCGCUGUGGCCGGAUUUGACGGCAUGCUGAAAGAAGAUGCCUCCAUUAUAAACAAAAUUUCAUGCGAGUUAACGCGCAAGUGCUCUGGUGGAAAUGAUGCUCACUCAACCGCAAUGACCAUAUUCAACAAUCUCUCAAACUACUCCUGGGAUGCAAAAGUGGUGAUCUCCCUAGCAGCCUUUGCUGCUAACUAUGGUGAAUUCUGGCUCAUGGCUCAGCUCAGCGCCACCAAUCCCCUCGCCAAGUCAGUCUCCGUUCUCAAGCAAUUGUCGAGCAUCAGAGCGCAUGCUAGCUCACUGAAAUCGCGCGUCGACCCCAUUAACAACCUUCUCCACAACGCGAUCUUGAAAUUGAUUGACUGUAUUUUUCAGUUCAAGAAACUUCCCCCUCAAUACAUAUCGCAUGAGAGACCACCGGCGCCUUUGGCUACUGCCAUGGCUCAUUUUCCAGCUGCUGCUUACUGGACCAUCCGAAGCAUAGUUGUUUGUUCCACUCAGACUACCAGCCUUUUAGGCAUGAGUAACGAGCAAGCCACCGAAUCUGUGCCUAAACAACUAACAAGAGCAGGAAACUAUACCAGGCAAAUCAAACAUCCUGAAGGAUUGGAGUUAUCGAGCUUGGCUGAAAAGCUCACCAACAUACAGGUUGGCAUCGAGGAAGUACUCAAGAGAAAAACUGCAGUAUUGCUUAUAUCGGACCUUGAUCAUAUUGCGGAAGAAGAGCUUUUUGCCCUUAAGAGAACCUACGAUGAGGCAAAGACAAAGUUAGACCUUCAGUAUGAGAUCGUAUGGAUUCCAGUCGUCAACAGGUCAACUGAUGAAGAAGCGAGUCGAAAGAAGUUUGAGCAGCUGCAGGCAAGGAUGCCGUGGUACACGGUGGUCGACCCUUGGUUGCUCGACCCUGUAGUCAUCAGGUACAUGAAGGAGGAGUGGCAUUUCUCGAAUAAGAUUCUGGUGGCGUUGGAUCCACAGGCGUUCGUUACAACAUUUAUGGUAUGGGGAAAUGUUGCAUACCCUUUCACUGUUGCCAAGGAAGAAUCACUCUGGAAGGAAGAGACCUGGAAACUUGAGCUUCUGGUGGACAGCAACUACCCAGACAUAUCGGCUUGGAUAUCACAAGGGAAACACAUUUGCUUGUACGGAGGAGCAGACCUUGAAUGGGUCCAGAAUUUUACUGCCGCACUAAAAGACUUUGCUAAGACUGCAGAAAUUAACUUGGAAAUGGUUUACGUCGGAAAGAGCAAGGCUAACGAACGAGUAAAAGCGAUCACCUCAACCAUCACAGCAGAAAAGCUCAGUCACUGUUUGCCAUACCCGAUCUCGUACUUCUGGACCCAAUUAGAGAGCAUGUGGUACUCCGGGACUCAACACUGCAAGACUGCCGAAAACGACAGGAUAUUCCAGGAGGUGUCGGUGAUACUGAGCUUCGACGGAAGUGAACAAGGGUGGGCAGUAAUCAGCAAUGAGUCGACCGAGAUGGCAAGGGCCAACAGCGACACAAUUCUGAAAAUCAUUAAAGAGUUCAAGCUUUCGGCAGAGGAAACCAAGCAAAAGGGCUUUGUGCCGGCCCUCAAUGAGAUCAUUAAGAAGUUGCCCCAGCCGCACCACUGCAACAAACUCCUCCUUCCGUGGACAAGUACUGGCAUACCGGAGAAGGUGCAGUGUGCAGAUUGUGCACGUCCCAUGGAGAAGUACUUCAUGUAUCGCUGCUGCACCGAUUGAUUGAGAGAUGCAUGUGAAGCCUUCUAGUACUAUAUAUAUCAUAUGCUUGCUUGUACCUGUAAGGAUCAUUGGGAAGUUAUGUUUUCUUUCUUCGGAAGCUUUAGUAAUGUGUGUACUAGUCUAAAUAACAAUCAGAAUGCUACUGCUGUAGAAGUUCUGGUUAGGGUUGGCACUAGGGUCGACCUUGUUAAAAAAGUUGGAAGUGUGUUGUAACUUGUAAGAUUGUGAUGCUAAUAAUAUGUGAAACC